ACUUUAACCGAUUGAGCGCAUUCUCGUGAGUGUUCUCGUCUAAGUGACAUCGAACGUACUUUCAUUUAAUCAUCAUGACUGGUCGCGGUAAGGGAGGAAAAGGAUUGGGGAAAGGAGGAGCCAAGCGUCAUCGUAAAGUACUUCGUGACAACAUCCAAGGUAUAACCAAGCCAGCUAUCCGUCGUCUGGCCCGUCGUGGUGGAGUCAAGCGUAUCUCCGGAUUGAUCUACGAAGAAACUCGUGGUGUCCUCAAGGUCUUUCUUGAGAACGUAAUCCGUGACGCCGUCACCUACACCGAGCACGCUAAACGUAAAACUGUUACCGCCAUGGAUGUUGUCUACGCUCUGAAACGUCAAGGCCGUACUCUUUACGGUUUUGGAGGUUAAUUUAUGUGUCCCGUCUUUUCCCAACAAACUAUAACAAAACGGCCCUUUUCAGG